GGGAUAUUUUGUUGUGAUUUGUGUAAAUAAAAUAGUGAUUAAAUUAGAAAGAAUAAUGUCUGAUUCGGAAAUAUGGAUCUUCAACGGCUUGUGCCGCUGUUGCCACGCGGACGGCAAGUUUCAGAGCCUAGACGAAACCUAUAAUACGCUUGGAGUCGACGAAAACUUCGGUCAGAUACUUCGUGAAACUUUUCAAAUAAAUAUUGAGCCGUUAUCGGGUGAGCUUGCAGUGGACACAUACAGCAUUUGUCCUCCGUGCGUGUACCGGUUACGAGACGCAUCACUGUUCAAAAAACAAGUUUUAGAGUUAGAGAAGAAACUAUGGUCUUGUAUGGAAGAAGAUAUCACAGUUAAAGAAUGUGAAACAGACUCCAAAGUUAUAGUUGAAAUGCAGUCUAUUGGAUGUUCUGAUGAUAUUAUAAAUGAAGAAGACCUUAAAGAAGAGUACCUAGAAACUGAGGGUAGUAUAGAAGAAGAAGUUGUAAUAACGUACACAGAUGAUAACGUGACGUGUGAUGAACUCAACCAGACUAUUCCAAAGCGAGCAAAAGAAAAAAUCUACUGCGAAGUUUGUAAUAAAGAGUUUUUGAACAAGGGCUCCUUAGAACUCCACAUGAAGAAGCAUACUGGUGACCCUGCAUUCUCUUGUGCGUUAUGUGGCAUCGGAUUCCACCAUAACCGUGCUUACUCCAAACACAUAGACUCAGAACACCGUAAGAACGACCAUUAUGUCUGCAGCAUCUGUGAUAAACGGUACACCAAGGCUCAACUGUUCAAAACCCACAUAAAAAUUCACUUAGACGUCAUAUACAAGUGUGAUUUCUGUUCAAAAGAGUAUCCGAGAGAGAAAAGUUUGAAGGAACACAUAAAAGUGCACUCCGAAGAACGAUACGACUGUGCUAUUUGUAACAAAUCUUUCGCACAGAAGUACAGAUUGAGGUUGCAUCUAGCGUCGCAUUCCAGUGAUCGUCCGUACAUUUGUGAAUUAUGUGGACAGACGUUUCCGCAGGCAGGGAAUUUAAAAAGGCAUAUGAAGUUCAAGCAUUCAGACGAUAAAACAUUCUAUCAGUGUCAAGUGUGCGGCAAGAAAUUUGUGACCAAUUGGUAUUUGAAUAUCCAUGAAAAAGUGCAUACGGGUGAAGAUGAGAAACCGUUUUCUUGUGAAGUGUGUUUCAAGUGUUUUAAGUCAACUCAUUUGUUACGGAGCCAUAUGAAAGUGCACACUGGUGAGAAACCAUACACUUGCAGUUACUGUGGGAAAAGAUUUGCUCAUCUAACAUCGUUUACCUCUCACGAACGAAGGCACACAGGUGAGAAACCUUAUAAGUGUAAACUGUGUGACAAAGCCUUUGCAAAUGGUACGAACUUGAAAGUUCAUCAGAGGGUGCAUACUGGAGAAAAACCGUAUUCUUGUAUGAUUUGUGACAGACGUUUCUCCGAGAGCACGCACCGCAAACGGCACAUGCGUCUGCACACAGGCGAGAAAGCCACGUGCCAUAUCUGUCACGUGCAAAUAAGUAACCUUUCCGCACACGUCAAGAAAAUGCACCCGGAGCAGUGGCAGCCGGUGCGGAGCCCUAUUGAGAGGAUAGCGGGGGUCGCGGAUGGUGUGAAGGAUGAAGCGACGGUUUGAGCGAGGCGAUGGCUGGUAGUCUGAGAGAAAGGUUCGUUUAAGCGAGCCGAUGGCUGACAAGAGCGAGAGGAUGGCUCGUUUAAGCGAGUUGAUGGCCGAUUAGACUCAGUGCGGAGCCCUAUCGAGAAGAUGGCGUGUAGUAAAUGGUCGCUGUAAUGAGCCAUUGGCUCGCUAAAACCAGCCAUUGAAGUCAGCUGUCGACUCGCUAAAAUCAGUCGUCGACUCAUUCAAACCAGCUAUCUAUUCACUUAAUUGAGCUAAACAAUGUUUAUUUAUUUAUUUGAUGUCGAGUUAUUUAAAAUUUUA